CUCACCAAGCUAAAGACACACUCAUCACGUCUGUAAUCGCAACACUAGAUUGUUGUUUUGGUUUCCCAGCGUCGAUUCCUUACCGAUGAGGGACUUUCGGCCCGACUGACACAGGGAGAUGGGGGUACUCAAUAUUUUAGACCAGCCGCCUCUGGUCCAGGCCAUAUUAAACCGGAAUGCAGAUGAAGUGAAGUUAUUUUUGCACAAGAAAGACGAAGUCAAUGCACUGGACCAAGAGCGCCGCACACCUCUUCAUGCUGCUGCCUGGCUGGGAGAUGUUCAUAUAAUGGAGCUUCUAAUCAAUGCAGGUGCGAAUGUCAAUGCAAAGGACCACGUGUGGCUGACGCCAUUGCACAGAGCAGCUGCUUCCAGAAAUGAGAGGGCUGUGGGGCUGCUGCUGAGGAAGGGAGCAGAUGUGACCGCACGGGACAAGUUCUGGCAGACAUCACUGCACAUUGCGGCAGCCAACCGGGCCACGCGUUGCGUAGAGGCCCUGCUGCCCCAUGUAACCAGCCUGAACAUGGCCGACCGCACAGGCAGAGCGCCCCUGCAUCACGCUGCUCAGAGCGGAUUCCAGGAGAUGGUUAAAUUGCUGCUGAACAAGGGAGCCAAUCUGAGUGCCAGCGACAAGAAAGACAGGCAGCCCAUUCACUGGGCCGCUUACCUUGGACAUCUGGAGGUGGUUAAGCUGCUGGUGUCUCAGGGCUCUGAUAAGAGCUGUAAGGAUAAACGGGGAUACACCCCUCUCCACGCUGCUGCUGCCAGUGGCCACGUCGAUGUGGUCAAGUACCUGUUACGCAAUGGAGCUGAGAUUGAUGAGCCUAAUGCCUUUGGAAACACUGCUCUCCAUGUGGCUUGCUACACAGGACAGGAAGCUGUAGCCAAUGAGCUGGUCAAUCGUGGGGCUAAUGUCAACCAGCCCAACCACCGUGGCUACACGCCCCUGCACCUGGCUGCUGUGUCCACUAACGGGGCUCUCUGCCUGGAGCUGCUGGUCAACAACGGUGCUGAUGUCAACAUGCAGAGUAAAGAAGGGAAAAGCCCUUUGCACAUGGCAGCCAUUCAUGGACGUUUCACUCGCUCUCAGAUCCUCAUUCAGAAUGGUGGGGAGAUAGAUUGUGUGGACAGAUAUGGCAAUACUCCUCUUCAUGUUGCUGCUAAGUAUGGCCACGAGCUGCUUAUCAGCACCUUAAUGACAAAUGGUGCUGACACAGCCAGACAAGGAAUUCAUGGGAUGUUCCCUCUACACUUAGCUGUGCUUUACGGGUCCUCUGACUGUUGUCGUAAGCUACUUUCCUCAGGUCAGCUUUACAGCAUUGUGUUGUCAAUGAGUAAAGAGCACGUUCUCUCGGCUGGAUUUGACAUCAACACCCCAGACAACUUUGGGAGGACCUGUCUACACGCUGCUGCCUCUGGAGGAAAUAUUGAAUGUCUCAACCUGCUCUUAAGCAGUGGAGCUGACAUGAAUAAGAAGGACAAGUUUGGAAGGACUCCUUUACACUAUGCGGCUGCUAACGGGAGGUAUCAGUGUGUGGUCGUGCUGGUGGGAGCUGGGGCAGAGGUCAAUGAGCGUGAUCGCUCGGGCUGUACACCUCUGCACUACUCUGCAGCAUCUACUGCGUUCUGCAGAACGGACCGACUCCAUGCCAGCACUCAUCAGAGCCAAGAGGAUGGGGAGAAGGAAUCAUUCCUGUGUGUAGAGCAUUUGUUGGAUAAUGGUGCUGAUCCAUCUCUGUGCAACACUAAAGGAUACAGUGCUGUGCAUUACGCUGCGGCCCACGGCAACAAACAGAACCUGGAGCUGCUUUUGGAGAUGUGCUUUAACACUCUGGGAGACAAGGAAAGCAACGAGCUCGUCAGCCCACUUCACCUAGCGGUGGAGUCAGGUCACUGGGAAUGUGUUACCGUGUUACUGGAGUCUGGAGCAUGUGUAGAUGCGUGUGACCCGGUGGGGCGCUCUGUGCUGUACGUGGCCUCUCAGAGAGGACACGCCCGCUGCUUGGAACUCCUGCUCAGCCAAUCAGCAUCUUGCCUGCUCACCGAGCACCGCAGCAAAUGGGGCCCUCUUCAUGUUGCAGCUGCCAAUGGCCAUUCAGAAUGUCUGCGAGUACUGCUCUGUAGUGAGGGAGGAGCUGACCUGGUUAAUGUUAGAGACAAGGAGGGACAAACUCCAUUGAUGCUGGCAGUGCUGGGGGGACACACUGACUGCAUUCAUCUGCUGCUGGAGAGAGGAGCUUGUCCUGACAUGGGAGACAGGAGAGGAAGAACAGCCUUACACAGAGGGGCUGUAAUGGGUCGGGAGGACUGUGUAACCGCCCUGUUGUCCCACAAUGUCUUGGCCCUGAGCAGAGAUUUUCAGGGGCGAACCGCAGUCCAUCUGGCUGCUUCCUGUGGCCAUGUUGACAUUCUCUCCAAUCUGCUUUCUGCUGCUGACCACUCCUAUCCCCACGACCCAAUCACUGACCGCCACGGCUACACACCCGCACAUUGGGCAGCCUAUCACGGUCAUGAAGACUGUUUGGACGUUUUACUUGAACUCAAACCAUGUAGUAUCCAGGAGGGAAACCCCUUCACCCCACUGCACUGUGCUCUCAUUAAUGGCCAUAGUGGUUCUGCAGAGCUGCUGUUGGAAUCCAGUGUUUGUAAUUUGUUGGUAAACAUCAGGGAUGCCAAAGGAAGGACCCCACUCCAUGCGGCUGCAGUCACUGAGGAUGUGGUUGGGCUGCAGCUGGUUCUGCGGCACGGAGCUGACAUCAACGCUGUGGACCACUCAGGGCGUUCUGCACUGAUGGUGGCCGCUGACCAUGGCCAAAGUGGUGCCGUGGCCUUGCUGCUGCACAGAGCCAAAGCUGACCUGGCUCUGCUGGAUGUGAACAAGAACACUGCCCUACAUCUUGCCUGCAGCAAGGCUCAUGAAAUGUGUGCCAUGCUGAUCUUGAAGGAGAUCCACAACCCUAUCCUCAUCAAUGCAACCAACAGUAUGCUUCAAAUGCCCCUCCACAUUGCGGCCAGGAAUGGUUUGGCUACAGUGGUUCAGGCCUUGCUGAAUCGUGGAGCCACAGUGCUGGCAGUGGAUGAGGAAGGUCAUACGCCAGCAUUGGCUUGCGCAUCCAACAAAGCUGUUGCCGACUGCCUAGCUCUCAUUCUCUCAACCAUGAAGCCUUCCUCCUCCACCCCCUCCUCUGCGUCACCCUCUUCUCCCAGCCUCAACCUGCUCAAGCACUGUGGCAUCACUGCCGCCUGCCCCCCUCUGCCCAAUGGAGGCCUUCACCAUGGUUACGGCAAAGAUCGCCAUGGUGCUACCAUCGGCUUGGAUGGCUGCUUGACUGAGUGAGGUGUUUUUACUCGCUAAAAAAAACAAACCACACGUAAAAUCGCAAAGGGAUCUUGCGCAUGGUCGCUUAGUUUGGUCCUUUCUACACACUUAGAUAAAUCUAUAUGCAAUUACAGCCACAUAUCCCUCCUGUGCCAGUGUCAAAGCUUUUCUUUACUUCUCAGUAGGGAGAGAACAUGCUAUUUAUUUAUAUUUAUUUCCCCAACUUUCCUCCCCCUCCUGAUCUUUAAAGGAUAGUUCACCCUAAAAUAAAAAUUAUUUCCACACUUACUGACCGUAAUGUCGCCCAGGCGACUGAUGGAAAAAAAAAAAGUCAUAUGGCUUUGGAACAACCAAAGCAUGACUGAAUUUUUAUAUUUGGUUGAAUUUGGUUGAACCUUUAAAAUGCUGUCCAUUUAAUAUGAGUGUAAUAAGUCUAAAAACUGAAUCUAAGCCAUCUAUUUGAACCAGUAUCCAGCACUGGCGAGUCACUCAUUUUCUUCUCCGUUUCGGUCCAUUUGACUCGGUUAAUGUUAAAUUAUGCAGCUGUGUGUCUCCAUGGUAACAGUGAUAAUGCAUUGGUUUCUAUAUCAUGCCUCCUAUUCGCGUGAUGCUGUGGCCUUGCAUAGGAAUUUACAGCCUGCCCUGAGAAAUAGUUUAAACGGGUUACAUUAGAAUUGCAUGAAUUUGCGGGACCAUGUAUUUGAUAGUGGUCUUGUGUGUGUUUAUGUGCAAGUGUGUGUGUGCGUGUGUGUGUGUGUGUGUAUGUGUGGCAUCCACUUUUGCGCAACAGUCCUAGUUUUUCAUCCCAUACUUGACUCUUACGUUUUGAGGUUUUUAUGUAAGGUGCAAUCUGAUUUACCACUGAUCAGGAAAAAACAAAAAUAACCUAACAGAAUCAUUAUGAAAGAAGGGAAAACCAUACUACCUUAAGCCAAAAGACCAAUGACCUUCUAAUCGAGGGGUCUAAUAUUUAAUGCAUGUUUACUCUCAGAGAGAAAAGGGUUAGUGUUUGGAUGAGAAAUUUCGUAUUCAGUUUACAUUGAAGGUAUUUGGUUGUCCAGAUCACUGUUUGUAGAUGGGCAGAAGAGGAGUUUUAUGUGUCAUGAUGUCGGGCGUAUAAAAUAUUAUGAAGAUACUACUACGCUAAGGAAGUACAGAAGGCACAAAAAUGUCAUAACCGAUUUUCGAAACUGCAGUUGUCAUACACAGUACUUGCUCAUUUUCAUUUUUAGGUUAGCAGGGGCUCAUAAAAGAUCUUCUAUUAAGAAUACUGCUUUGCUAGUUGAACGUGUUUAAAUAUUUAGUGUGGAGUUACUUAUACAGUGCCUACUGAUUUUUUUUUUUUUUUUUUUUUGUCUAUAAAAGGUCCAUUCAUUUAAACACACCAUAUGCACUCUCUCAAAGUUGUUAAAAUGGUGCUUCCUCCAGUGAAACAUGGGUUGAGAAUUUCACUACAAUCCAUUAUGAAAUGAUUGACUGAAUAAUUCAUUUCAUUCUGGAUGAUCUGAUUGAUUCAUAUCAGAGCACAGUUGGGUUUUUUCUGAAUUGGAGGAGUGUAUAUGGUCAAAAUAUGAAUGCAAAUUUUGUGACUUACUGAUUGGACCAUUUUAUAUUGGUUUAUGCUGUUUGGGGAACAGUCAUGGGUAUGACCAAAGUUAACCAGUUUCUAAAUACCAUUUUAUCAGGAACUGAAAGAUACAUAAAAAAAAACAAGGCAUUAUCUUUUAAAUAAUAUACAGAAAAAUAUCUAUUCACCCCUGCUCUUUAUAAAAUGCUUCCUUAUUGCCAAAGGUAGAUUAAGUUAAGAUUGUGCUUCCAUUAGGUUUUUUGCACCUAAACCUCAAAAUAAGAACAUGUGAAUGAGUGUUUGAAACAUCCCUUUUUCGUUUGUGCACCACAAACAGGCAAUAUUUUCUCAGUCGGUAAUGAGACAAUCAGUUGAAAGGGCUUUUUAUUUGACCAUAGUUUUUUAUUUCCAGUUUUUUCUAAAUGAGCAAAAGCAUCUACAUGUUUUUUUCCACAAUUAGGAAGAGCUAUACAAAUAAACAAUCUAUUUUCCAUCCCAACCAAUUUAAAACAUCUUUACAUUAAUUCAAAACCUCUGCAAACUAAUGCGUACAUGAACCAUGAAAUCUGGACUUCUCAAUUACACCAAUACUAUCACUUUCAUUAGUUUAUGAUUUUAAUGGUGUAGAUAAAGUAGUUUUAACUUGUAACAGUAACUGAUAAUUUAUUGGAAAAUGAAGCAAUAGACAAACAAGAUAAAGUAAUGUGAGAUAUUUUAAAGGCCAUUUGGAGAGUGUACUUACACAGAUUUCUGAAAUUACCUCUGUCAUUUUAAUGAUAGGUUUUGGCUGCUUAAAAUCUCUAUAUAGGCCUCAUACAAAGCACUUGCUUGUUCGAUAAUAAAGAAAGGAAAUAAAAAAAAAAAACACUUGCAUAUAUCAGGAUCUGUUCACAAGCUGUAAAUGGGCAAAUAUCUGACCUCUUGAGUACAAAUAUGCAUGUGUGCAAAUCAGAUUUAGGCACAAGUUAUAUCGCAGUGUUUUACAUUUUCGCAGUUUUGCAGAGAAAAUAAUUCUAAAUGGGCUAAAUGAUUAAGAGGAAAUUCCUCGUGGAUGAAGUUUAAUUAAUUGGGGUAUAUAUUAAAGCUUGAGCUUGACUUUAUCACGUACAAUAAAGUACAGUUUGGUGGAUGGAAUGAUUGCUUGUGUAAACAGCACAGGGUACGAAAAUGAAGUUGAUGGUGAACUUGAAGUUAUUUGCACUGCCAGUUAUACUGCUUGUAGUUGUACAAAAGAUUGAUUAUUUAUAAAUUGCGUGUGAUAGUCCAUACGACAUGUAGAUGGGUUGGAAUAAACAAGUGCCCAUGAAGAUUGUGAGUAGUUAUACAUUUCAUUUGGUGCAAGAAAGAGUGCUGCUUUUGAUUGUAUUUGAUUUGUCUAUUAGCGAUAAGAAUUCCUAUUCAGCAAAAACAAACUAAAAAAACGUACUUGUCUGAACUCCUCAGAUUCGUAAUUGUGUUAUCAGCAUUGCACUAAAAUUGUUCAUGUUUUGUCGAAUGUAUGCCGUGAGGGUAGCAGCUUGCUUCAACGUUUGUGCGGAUCUUGUAUGCAAUAUUGUGUAAAAAUAAUUUGGAACUUUGGAAUUGAACCCUUUCAGAAUUUUUAAUAGACUGAGUUGGUGGGAACCGGUCACAAAGUGGCAAUUUUUGAGAGAGAAUUUUUCUAGGGUAGAGUAUAACUGGUGUGAGGAGUUUCCUCAUAAUCAUUUAGUGCCAUAACUUUUUAUUUUCUUUCUCAUUAUAUGUUUGUAAAAUGUGAAUGAAUGAUUCCUUGGGUUCAGUUUUUGUGUGCGCAAGACCAUUACCCAAAUAAGUACGAAAUCAUUGCAAACAUAAGCUACUGUGCCCAUUUGUACUUUUUGGGGGGGGGGGGUACACACAGUAUGCUAAAUAUUGUAAAAUGCCAGUACGUUCACAAUCAGACUGUUUCAAAAUGCCAGUAUAUUUAUAAUCAAGCUAUACUGAUGUGCUGGUUUGCCAUUGAAGUGGCUGAGAAGUCGAAGCUUUCAAUGCUAAGCCAUAACUUGGCAAUUGCCCUUAUCAAUUGAAAUAGCAGGAUUUGAGUCAUUCAGUCAAAAGCUUCUUCAAAAACAAUAUUUUAUAAAUGUUCCACUGUGAUUCGUAGUACCCAUUGAAUAAUAAUUUGGGAAAAUGUUUAUUUCUACGUGAUGGAAUUAUGAAACGCCUUAAUUUUAUUAUAAGCCUGAAGGGCAGAUUUGAAAUGAACCAAAAUGAAGCAUUUACCUAGCUUUUCUCAUUUUAUACUGGAUCAGCAAAUGAGUGAUUGUGCGGUUUAAGGACCUUUUUUGUUUUACACCACUUUUCUUCGAAGGGCCAGCUAUCAUUGCCUGUUAACCAAGCUAUAAUGGUUGCAGUUACUUGCAGGCAGUUGGAAGACUAGAGUUGUCUAAUAAUUGUAACCAUUGUGUUGGAAAGCAGAUUAAUUGUAGCUAUCUCAGUGUCCUUAUUGUGUGUCCAUCCUUACAUUUGUUUUGAUAUCGUUAUUUUGUUUCUCACAAAGGUAUUAAUGGCUGAUAGAAUGUCUGAUUUACCUCAGUAGACCUCAGUGUCCUUUCUACUUGAAGACACAUCCAUUUAAGGCAAUACUCAAAACACCCGUUUCAUUGAACCUAUUUCUAUCUCCCAACUUUUUGCCUUAAGAGGAAACGGUAUAGUUCUGCUCUUGCAGCACUUGAGAGAUUUUGCCGUUAACCUGGGAUCUCAUUCCUCUAGCGAUGGGAUUCAUAAGAAGCACACAGUUCUAUAGGUUGUCUUGCUGAAAGAUGUACCAUAAUGGCUUCUGGCCUCAAAAUAAUAAUUUUCAAUUAUUAGGAAUUUUUGCACUAGAAGUAAUACAAAUUGUAACUUUUCAUUUAAUACUUAUGUGUUGAAAAUAUGUACCAUAGCAAAUUAAUUGGAACAACUAGUUUUGACCUUAAUAAAAAAAAAUUGUUUUCAGUGAGACCAUGACCAACUUUCAAACUCUGAGCAAAUAGUCACAACAAAAUGUCAGAUUUGUUUCUCCUAAAUGAAGUGUCAAGUACUGAUUUACACUAUUAAAAAUACAGCACAGAAAAUUCGUAAAGAUAACAAAAAUAUUAUCAGUACAAUGAACAAAGGUAAAAAAAAAAAAAUUGAGAAUACCUCUGUCAAAAACAAAUAUUGCCCAAUGAUAAAUUAUUUCAUACAAACCAAGGUUAAUGAAUUUUGUCUCCACUUUUAUUUAGUUGGUUGUGACAUUUAGGUAGUAAAUCUUGUGCAGUCUUACAAAAGCAAAUCUUUAAAACAAGAGCACAAUACUGAAAUGUGCUAUACAGUACGUAAUUCCUCAAGAAGUGUGGUCUGAAUUGCCUUGAAAUGGCAAUCUUACCUCAUAAACUAGUUGUCCUUACAAUCUAUUGCGCUAUAUAUAUAUGGACACAUUAUUUUUUAAGUAGACUUUUAGCUACGCAUGCUCCGUGCAACUGGAAUCCUAAGGUCGUGUUCCUGAGGCCUUGUGAAAUGGAGAACAUUGGAGUUUUCAAGGGGUGCUCUUGAACUUAAAUGAUGUCCUUCACCCUGGCUUAGUGUUUUGCUUCAUACUUCUGAUUCAUUGAGUUGUUACUCUAUAAGCGCUAAUAGUACAAAUCAUGAAUCUGCUAGCGAAUUAUAUAUAAAUAAGCAAAAAUAGCUGCUUUUUGUUGCUCUCACCAGCAGCUUGUUUUCAUAAGGCUAGUUAGAAGACCACCGAAGUCUGACUGAAUGGCUUAUCUGACAGGGCACGUAGGGAUCCCUUUAAAAUCCAUUUUCAUAUUUGACGAAAGCUAUGCAGGAGUACUUUCAUUUGCUCUCACAAAUUUGCAUAGUGCCACCAGAGACAGCUCAAGCGCUUCGAUAACGGAUCACAAAACUUCAUCUGUAAAUCCAAAAUACUGUCCUUAUUUGCUUGUAGGCUUUGGUUGAGAAAAUGACUGCUUUGCGUGGCAUGCUGCUAUUUCUUUGGAGUCUGUAAGCGUCUUCAUCAUCUCUUUAAAAUAUAACUUUGUGACGAGUAUGUGGGAUUGUGCCUUUUGUUAUCAAGUAAAUGCCACAGGGUAUGGUCUUCCAUUAACACCUUUAGUGAGCCUUAUGAAUGAACAACUGUUGUAAGUUUCAAAAGUAGCCACCAUCAACGUGGUUGUGUUUUGAGCCGUCAAAACUCUCAAUUGAAUUAGUCACGACACCACAAAUGAAUAAAUAAUUUUUGUACAUGUAAUGACAAAAAAAACGUGGUCGAUUCUAUCUAGUGACCUGUUUGAACUCUUGUUUAGUUUUACAAAGUGUGAAUUCUUUAUUGAAGUAAAUAUGUGCCGUGUUGUUUUCGUGUGGUAAUGCAUUGGAGAUUAGUUGUAACCCAAUGUCUUGUAGAAUGUUGGCAUGACUCCUUUACUCUGUUGUAUUGACGUCAAAAGUAUCCACCUGAAAUGGACUGAAGUGCAAUAACUUUUUUUGUGCGCCAUAGUAUCCUUAAUGGAGGAGAAUGCCCUCGUACAUCAUCCAUAAUUUUUUCUUUGAGCAGGGUAUUUUAUUUUCUUAUUUAUGUUUUGGAUUGUAGAAAAUUAAACUCCUUCCUUCUUUGCCUCCAUAAGUGGCACUUCCUCGUGGAAUGUACGAUGGACUUGUUGGAAACUGUGAUGGGUGUCAAAGCCUUAUUGAUACUUCUUGCUCACUGGAAAGAUGGCAAUUCUAUUUGUUCGUUGGCUUAUUGGUCAAAUAGUGCCGUUUUCCAUGUACCUUUUCCAGCACCACUGAAAGUCCAUGUCAGCUUUUGUGGCUUGUAAGCAUAAUUUGUGUAUGUGUGUGGUGGUGUUUAGACCUACUAAUUUACCUCUGAUUAUUUGAUUUGAUACCAAAAGCAAAGCGCAUUGCCUAGGAUUACAAUUCUUUUUAAUCAGAUUAGAGUUGUAAUGUUUCCUUUUGGAAAUGGUAUCUUGAAUGUUAAACUGUAUUGGUCCUCUUUCGUAUUUUCCUUGAUGCUUUGCCGAUGUCUGAACCAUCAAGAUCCCAUUUGCCAUUUAAUGUGUUCUUAAAUUCUCAAAAAAUACAAAAAUAUUUUUACUUGUAUCAUAAUGCAACAUUCCUUUUUGAAUUUCAUUGUACCAGUCAAAACAGAUUAAUAGUUUAAUAGUUGGCACUCAAGACUGGAAGACAUCGUCAGUAGUUCAGUCUGAAAUAACUUCAUUUGUAACUUUUAUGGUCCUUCAUUUUGGCCUCAAGAAAUCAGCGAUUUCACAUUUUAACCUGAAUUAUAGGGAGCACACUGAAUAAAACAAGUACUCUAGUAUUUCACAACAAAGGACCAAUGUAUGUGUCUGUAGAGAUGGCCACUUGAUUUCAUUUAAGAACAAGCAAUACAAGCAUCAAGAGACAAUUGUAUAUUUCUGAAGAUUUGUUGGCAUUGGCUAGUUUUGGCCUAGCUAUUAAAUCUGUGGCACCUUAGGUUUAACACCCUCUUCUUGUAACUGAAACUUAACACAAAAGAUUUCAGUGCUAAGAGAGCCUUAUUUCAGUCAAACUGAAUGUGAAUUGGAUGUGUGCAGGAUUUGGCCAUUUUAAAAGGACUGGCUUUCAUCAAGUGGACUUUUCUACGUCCCAUGUUUGAAUCCGGUUUUACUUGGACCCACCGUCCAUAAGACUUUCCAAAAGUUUGCUGUUAUGCGAGGAAAGCAAAAAUACUACACUGUGGCUAGGUUUCCAUUGUCAAAACACAAAACCAAAUGGCUUGAAUGGAAACAAUUUCCGAUAAAUCAGGGUUACAAUCACUGCUCUCGAACUCUGCUUAACAUGCCAAGUUUUUCGCUACCAGUUAAUCUUCAUAAUUUGCGCUAACAUCGGACAAAGUGACCAUACGAUUCAAUGUUUCAAAAAGGAAAUCCACUUAACGUUGCACUUUUUACCUGAGUAUUUGAACUUCGAGCCAUUCGGUUGAAACGUGACACAAUCUUGGGCUUGUAGAUCGCAUUUGUCCAAUCCCAGAUUUUGUUUGGAGUUUCGACUGUGGAAAUGUAGUGACUGAUGGUGUAGAGCAGCACCCGUGUGUGUGUGUCGCUGUAUGCGAGUGUGAAAUUAACUGGGGUCAUAUCAAACCCUGUAUACCUCAUCAACAUAUCUGCAAAUAUUCUUAUCCUGUCUUUUAAGUUGAACAUGUAAGAGAUACCAUCACCAGCAAAAGCUUGGGACCAUUGCAGGGUCUACUACAUCACACCAAUUCUGUAUCAAUGAACAAGAUCAUAAUUUUCUUGCAUAAAACACCUACCACUCUGCUUCGAGCCUAACCCAUAUGCGGGUGUUACAAAGACUUUGGUUUAGAAUGAGCUAAAUAUGUGGCAUUUUAAGUAGCAUUAUUCCUACCUCUGUGUUACAGCUUGAUGCAUCAAAAUUUCCAUCAGUUGUGUUGAAAAAUGGAAAUAUAUAUGUCUAUGGAACAGAUAUAUAACUUAUAACCAACAAUCGGUGAUCUAAGACAACAGUUAGUGUGCUCGGCUGUGUCUGUCUGUGUGUAACAUAUAUUUAUAAGUAUACACAACAGAGUUCCACUGGAAUGUGAAGCCAGACUGUAUUAUGAUUUUUGUGUGUAUUUUUCUUUUUAGCUUUCUCCCCAUUAUAUUUCAAAUGAUGUCAUAUGUGUCUUGCCUCUGUUGCUCCUCACUUUGUUUUUUUUUUUGACAAAACAGGAAAAUAUCAGCCUAUAC